AAAGAAGGAAACACUUCAGUAUACACUGUUAACUGUAGUUGUGAUAAUUGUAUCGUUUCGUGGCCGGCAUCCGAGACUUGUUGGAAUUUAAACUCCGAUCAUAGACAAUCCUCCUGGAAUUUCUCCGACCAGUAAGAUUCAGCUACCCCUCUCCUGUAAGGCAUGCCCCGGACAACGGACGAACACGAUACAUUACAAGACAAGAAAGGCUCUCGCUCUCCCAGGUAUCGACGGAGACUUGAGCGAGACAGAUAUUACACUACGUCCAUUGAUUACAAUACACUCAACAGUAUGACGAACCAAACCUCAACUACUGGCGGCAAGUUAGCCCAAGAGAUUAACGACGAAUUUCUCACAUGCAAGAUUUGUCUUGAAGGAUUCAAGAACCCGAAGUGCUUAGAUUGUCUGCAUACAUUUUGUGAGCAAUGUAUCGACAAUCACAUCAUGUCGGAAUGUACGUAUAAGAAAUACAGCGAUUAUCGGGAAUUUACCUGCCCUUUGUGCCGGAAGCGGACUCAACUUCCGCUAGGGGGCGUUAAGAAGUUGCCUGACAACUUUCUGGUAUCGAGCUUAGGAGAGGUGGUGGCAAGACAGAAACCAUCAAAAUUUCCUUUUUGUGACAUCUGUAAACUUGUUAAUAGAAAGCAUCGUGAGGCUUCAUCUAAAUGCCUGGACUGUAACAAACUGCUGUGUAAAAACUGUGUGGAAUUACACCGUGAAACUAAAGUCACAAAGAAUCACAGCAUAUUUGAUGUAGAUAUAGAAAAAGAUAUUGAAUGUAAGGAGCACCAAGAUGAGGUUGUCAGGUUCUAUUGUGAACCAUGUGAGGCAUGUAUCUGUGUUCUGUGUACCUUCAAUGAGCACAAAGACCACGAAAUCUCUCAAUUUUCGGAUGCCGUAGAAAAGUAUAAGGAAAGUAUUCAAAAGCUCUUAAACUGUUGUAAAUCCAAACUAGAGGUCUACGAUCGUCAGCUUCUCGCUCUUACUGCUUGUGAGGCUACCAUCAAAACAGCUGAACAGAAGAUCCGUGACACUGCUAUUCAGUUCAUAUCUGACAUUAGAAAUAGAGAAAAGCAACUUAUAGAUGAUUUGCAUUUUGAAUAUGGACCAAUGGUUAUGGAUUAUGUCAACAAACGCAGCGACCUCCAAGUCAAUGUUGACAGCCUUAAAAGUACAUGCAGUUUGACAGAGCUUGUACUUAAAGGAAAGGAUAUAGAACUUCUUCUCUUGAAGAAACAGGUCCAGGAAAAAUUGUCGUGUCUUGCAGAAAUUGAAUUGAAAGAUCUACCAAACACCGUUUUGAAGGAAAUACAUUUCGCUGCCGGCAAUCUUGAUAUGGGUCAUCUUCAAGAUUCAGAAAAACCGGUUGUUUCGAAACCACAAAGAUCUUACUCUGGGGCUGCACCUACGAUAGCGCCUAAAGUCAGUACCAGCACUGUGACUACGCAGACAGAUGAGAUAGAAGAGGAGAAAGCGGCCCCAAAACCGGACAUGACUCAUCAAUACAUCCAAACUGUGGUGUAUGGCAGUGCUAGCAAUAACUAUGACUCCAAGUCCACGGAAACUGAGCAGGUUGAAACUAUGGAGAAAGGGGUAAACACCAGAUCUCGAAGUCUUCAAAGUCUGACGUCACAACUACAGAGGACAAACUCUGAAGACGUAGCCAGUUCAGAAGCUACAAGUCCAGAUCCGGUGACUUCAUCAGGACAGGAAGCUCGAAGAAAUCGUCGCCGCCGGGAGAGACAGAAGGUUGAGGUUUCGUCCCGGCCCACGACAAACAACCCAUCUAAUACCAUGUAUGGUUUGAAGUACACAUCAUCUUGAUUUGCUUGAUUUUCAACUUCCGAUUGUAAUAAUCAAAAACAUAACAAAUGUGUAUGCAGUAGAAAACCCGACUUAUACCAGAUAUAUACCAAGAUAGCUAGGAUCACUGUCGCCAUGGAUCUGUCCCGAACUUCAAACUUAAUCCCAAAGCGAGGUUGCGGCACGUGGCUCUAGAACGUCUGAGACCAACGUAAAUUUUGACCUUCAAGAUGGCGGCGAUGACCUUGCAUGGAAUAGGCUGGAGUUGACGGUCGUUAUUACACACUUGGCGUCGACAGAAAUAUCAUGACGACAUGCUGAGUAAUGAAGUGUUUAUGUAACGGCCGGUAACUCCAGACUAGAUAUAUAUUACGUGUAUGACCAAACUGCAUUUUCAGGUCUCAAUUUGAUUUUGCUUUCGUUGAAAAUCUAGUAUAUUUCUGUUUAAAAGCUACUGAGCGAAACGUGCUUUUUUGAUAUGCCCCUCAACUAUAUUAGAUAGAAAUCAUAUAUAGUACACCUACAGCAAGCUUGAAUGGCAAAGUCCAGUUUGUUUAAACUGCAUAGAGAAGACAAGAUGGCGUCAAAGUUUAUUUGGGAACAGACGUUCGGAGCAUGUCGUUUUUCAUUAUUUUGUAUUUAAGAUGUCACUAGUUAUACUUAUUAUUUCAUACUUAACAUACGUGCUAUUUAAUGGGACAGAUCCGAGACCCUAACCGUCAUUAUCCAGCAUGAUUUUCCUGAUAAUUCAUUCAUCUUUUUCUGCCUCUUUUACCUCAUUUGUUUUGAGAUUUUAAUUGGAUAUAGAUUUCACCACUUUACAUAGAUAAUGUAUUGAUAUAUUCGGUCAACUCACCUAUCCAAUAAAAUAUCUGUGAUGAAAAGUGUUUAAGUGCGAUUGUAUUAUGUUAAUCGAUCGUUUUGCACUAAAUAUACAACUGUGUAGUCUUAAACAGUCUAAAAUGAUACUAUAAAAGUUUAACAUUUACACUUAACUAUUCAUCUCGAUAAUGUCCUAAUUCACCGAAAUUAAUAUGAAACUCAUUCAGACUAAAUCACUUAAAUAUGGCCUCAAGGCUUACAUUUGUUUAUCAAUAACAUCUAGUAUAACUAGGUAUACAAUACGCAUGUCCAUAACACAGCUGCAUGUCAAAUAGAUUAAGUAUCACGUGACGUAUCAAACAAUAGGAGCCGACUGGACGAUCGAAGAAUAAAGAUAAGAUUGCAUCUUUGCCAGACGAAUCUUUUUGCCAUGCAUGACUGCAUACUUACUUUGAACAGUAUAAUGGAUAUGCUAUGUGAUAUAAUCCGUAGAUCAUUUACUCUGUAGAGUCAUCAUAGCGACGCGACAAUGCAUGCUUUCUUUUUAUUAUGUAUACUACUUAAAUAUCGUGAAAAGGUAUCAUUUUGUUACAUUUCGAAAAUCCAUCCUAAAGAUAUAUAGAAUGGACAUGUUUCCGGGACUGAAAAAAUGUAUGAAACUUUGCGUGGACUUUACAUGUGUACAACUUACCUGUAUUUCUGGAACUGAAUGAAGCCAUUUAUCGUUCAUUCCACAUUUUUACCUGGAACUGGUGUACCUGUUUCUCAGUUGUCGCCCUUGGUGUUCGAAGAAGAAGAAGGAGUAUAUGAAAGUUGUAUACAAAGUGACAUUAGUACGUCGUGAAGAAAUAUUAUCGGAUAUUUUUAACAUUGGUAAUAUAUGAAGUCAGUAGUAUGUUUAUGGAAUCAGACAUGUUACUCAAUACACAGUGUUAUCCAUACCA